GAAGCGCCGACGGAUGAUCACGUGUUGAAGCUCGAUGCGAGCAUCUUCGACAACGAGUUGAAAAAGUCGAAAUAUAACUUCGUGAUGUUUUACGCGCCGUGGGAUGGGCACUCAAAGGCGUUCAUGCCGCGUUGGAUGUCUUACGCGCAGUCGCAUAAAAUGGCGGGCACGGAGAUGACGUUUUCGCUCGUGGACGCGACCAAGGAACGCGAUUUGGAUAAGCGAUUCGAAAUCGAGGAAUACCCGACGCUCAUAUUGUUCCGUGAUGGUGUGCCGAAGAGGUACGUGGGCGAUCGAUCGCCGCAACACUUGGAUAAGUUUGUUCGAAGAAACUUGCUCAAGCCGGCGCGUUGGCUGGAAGGCACGGACGACGUCGAAGUUUUCUUGAUGGGUCGCGACGUCACCGUUAUCGGGUUCUUCGAUAACAAGGAUGAUUUGGACGUGUACCACCACGCCGCGGCUGAGUUUGAUCUCGACUUUGGCGAGACGAAGAGCAAAAUCGCCACUGAAGACUGGAAAGCGCCGUUCCCGACCAUCAAGAUGUGGCGCGACUUUGACAAAGAACCCGUUAGGUACCCCGGCGACGUGCGCGAUUUGGAUGCUAUCAAGUCCUGGAUCGCCACUGAAAUGGUCCCACCGAUCGUGAAGUUCGAAAACAAGAAGCAACUCGAGCGCCUUUUCAUGGGUCCGAUCGCUGCGAACAUCUUCGUAUUCUUACCCGAAGACGCGACCGAAGCCGAGAAGAUGUCGAAAUCUUUAGAAAGUGCGGCCAGACAACUUCGUGGUAAGGUGCACAUCAUCACCGUCGAUGCCAAAGAAACUGUCAUGCAUGACUACUUCUCUCUCCGCGAGAGCGACGGGCCGACGAUUCGCCUUCUCUCGCAUGACUUGAAGUAUCAAUACAAGGGCUCAUUGGAGGCCGCCGAGAUCUCAAACGAUGUCGUGCACUUUUUCAAGGAAUUCGAGGCGAAAAAGCUCGUGCCGUUGCUCAAGUCGCAAGAUCCGCUCCCCAAGGACGGUGACGUUCUGCAAGUUGUCGGUAAGACGUUCCAGUCGUUGCUCAUGGAUAACGACAAGCACGUCUUUGUUUGGUUCUACGCGCCGUGGUGCCGCACGUGCAAGGCGAUGAAGCCGGUGUGGGAUAAGCUCGCCACGCUUUACAAGGAUGAGAAAGACAUCAUCAUCGCCAAGAUGGAUGCGACGAAGAACGAGGCGAAGGAUUUGCACGUUCGACACUAUCCGACCGUGUACUACUAUCAUUCCGGUGAUAAGCCCAGACACGAGGAAUACGACGGACACAUGGAAACGGAUGCGUUCACCGAUUUCCUC